AGUAGCUCCAUCAACUUCCAACGUCGUCGGUUUUGUCUUGCAUCCAUUUGGAUUCGAACUUCUUGCUCUUUUUCGUCGCAUCGGAGACCACGGCUGAAAAUGAUUUCUGAUACGAAGCAUCUGACAGCAAGUACCACUGCUGAAAAAGAGGCAAAAAGAGCAAAAAGGGAGUCGAAGAAGCAGAAGGAGAAGAAUCAGAAAGCGGCUGAAAAGUCGAACAACGCUCCGGACGGAAUGACCAAUACUGGACGGAGAACUUCUUCAGUUACUGCACAAAUAUCGAGACAAGCAAGACGCUUCUCAACAGCCAUCGCACCGACACUCACCAAAAUUGAAGCAGUUCACAUUCUACAGAAAUUAGAUGAAGUUCGAGUGAAAAUGAAUGAUGUGGCACAGCUACAAGGAGCAAUUGAACACUAUGUGCUUCGAAACUCUGCACAGUUUGAUCCUGUCGAAUUGGAUAUUAUCAACAAAGAAGGUUACAGAAUCAUGCAAGCAAGUGUCUAUCCAGAUGAGAUAAUUCUUCAAGAAGGCAGUAAAAAAAUCUGUGAAAUUACGUUAAUCGACACUGAAGACACAAGUAGCAUGCUUAAAAUCAAGCAUCCGGUUUCUGGAAUGACAGUCUAUGAACUUCGUGAACUCGGUGGAACCAUUCUCAUUCAAACAAACACUGAUGAAUUGAAAGGGGCUCGAGUUAUGACACAGACAUCUGGAUUGAGCAGUUUAUUUUUAAACUGUGGUUGUGCAUUUAGCAAAGAAACGUGGUCAGUGCUGACACAAGACAAGAUUAUGGCAAAUGUUCGACCGAAUCGUUCAUUUUGGUCAGAGAAUGAGAUUAAGAUUCAAUGGGAUCCGAACUGUGAAAACGAACUUCGUCUAAUCUCUCUCGUAUUUGGAAUUGGACAAAUGGUUAGAGUGGCUUUUCCUCAAUUAUUCCACAUUGUCAAAGAAUUCCGCCAACGAAAUCAAUAAUUAAAUCCCUUCCUAUCACGGUUAAUUUCUCAAAUAUCAUUCGUUUUUUCCUUUUUAUGAAGCAGUUGUGCCAAGAAGAUUUUUGUAUGUAUAUUUUAUCAACUGAAAGUCAUCAUAUAUUCUCGGGAGCUUUCUUUUUUUAUCCAUAUAGUCUCUGAUUUACCCAAAAGUAUCUAAGAUCAAAGUGCCUUUCUCAAAAAAUUCUUCAACAAUUUCAAUCAGCGCAAAUAUUCAAAUAUUCUCCAAUCAUAAUUUCAACAAAACGCAAUCAUUUUCUCAUUAUUUUGUAAAAAUUUCGGGGAUUCUUCAUUUUUAAUUGUAUGUCACCAAAUCUUCAUUCUUAAAUAAAUAAUUUGUGAUUUGA